UGAACACUUUGAAGAAGCUAUGAAAUAUGCUCGCCGUUCAGUUUCUGAUAGCGAUAUUCGUAGAUAUGAAAUAUUUGCCCAAAAUCUUCAACAGUCUCGUGGUUUUGGAUUGAGCUUUAAAUUCCCUGAAGAAACUGGUGGUCCUUCCGCAGAAAUACAACACGGUGUAAGUGGUGGAAGUGCUAUGGAUGUUACUAGUAGUGGAUUCGGUCAGGAUGGUGCUGAUGAAGAUGAUUU